GACUUUGCAUCUCCCUGACCUGGCUCGUCACCAGCUCUGAACACAUAUAUAAAGACAGAGACAUGUUUAAUGAAGCAGCUUUUAUCUCUCGGUGCAGCCGGACACCUGCCUCCUGAUGGAUCUCAUCUCUGCUUGUGCACGGACCAUGAGUCCUUUAGGUUUAGACGCCGAGGUGGUAGAACUGGUCUACAUGUCUCAGAAUGCAUCUGUGGUGGGAUCACAGGGAGUCUCGGUGACCACCAGGACCCUGAUUUUGCUUGUUUGUGUGCUGCUUGCUGCCUGGAGCCACACGGACAAAAAAUCUGUACCAGGUGGGUCCACUGAUUGUCUAAAGAUUUUGGACUUUCCAGGUUCUUUCUUGUACCUUGUGAAUUUCAAUAUUUUGCCUUCUACCUCAACAGGCCCAUCUUUUUGUCUGGGUUUGGGGCCACUUCUGACAUAUUUAAGAUUUAUCUGGACCGGUAUAGGCACGGCUAGCAACUACUACAACAAGAAGUAUGGAGACAUUGUCAGAGUCUGGAUCGAUGGAGAAGAGACGCUCAUACUCAGCAGGUAUGUUUUCUUUGGUAAGUUUGGAAUAAAAACAGCUAAUUCAGGCCUGAUUUAUCAAUAUUAUUGUUUUAUUUUUGUUUCAAGGGCAUCAGCUGUGCACCAUGUCCUGAAGAGUGGUCAUUAUACAUCCCGUUUUGGAAGUAAGCAAGGUCUUGGCUGCAUCGGCAUGAAUGAAAGAGGGAUCAUUUUUAACAAUAAUGUGCCUCUGUGGAAAAAGAUACGAACCUUUUUCACUAAAGGUAAGAUUCAAGUCAGCCAAAGUAACCUUAAAUCAACCUGGCAAAUCAGCUUGAAGAAAAUGCAAAAUACUCCACCACAACUUCAUUAACCUUUCCUGCUGUUUCAGCGCUGACAGGUCCAGGUCUGCAGCAGACGGUGGAGGUUUGCGUCUCGUCCACACAGAGUCAUCUGCAAGAUCUGGACAAUUUGGAUCAAGUGGAUGUGAUCAGUUUGCUGCGCUGCACCGUGGUGGACAUCUCCAAUAGACUCUUUCUGGGUGUUCCUGUGGAUGGUGAGCAGACGUGCACAAAUAUCUUUGUGAUCAGGCAUGUUUGAAAAAAACAAGGACAAAACAGAUACAUAAACAAGUGUUUUGUUUGCACACAGAGAAAGAGUUGAUGCUGAAGAUUCAUAAGUAUUUUGACACAUGGCAGACUGUGCUCAUCAAACCAGACAUUUACUUCAAAAUGGACUGGAUCCACCAGAGGCACAAGACGGCAGCGUGAGUCUUUCCACCGCUUCAUCAUUUAUUGUAUUGUGUUUAUUUAUACACAGGCUUAAUUCUAGUUUUUGUUGUGCAACAAAGUGCAUCUUAUAUUUUCUCUCUCACAGCCAGGAGCUGCAAGAUGCCAUAGAAAGCAUGGUGGAGCAGAAGAGGAGAGAAAUGGAGCAGGCAGACAAACUAGACAACAUCAACUUCACUGCAGAGCUCAUAUUUGCUCAGGUAAGACUCAGAGUGUUUGUUUUCAAACAACGGCCUAAACCAUCUUUGUCUUUUUUUCUCCCUCCAGGCUGUUUACAGCACGGUCUCCAGCUCAUAUGUCAGACAAGCUUCAGUGGUUCAGCCAGCUCCAUUACAUUUGUAUGUGUGUGUGUGUGUUUUUAGAGCCACGGCGAGCUGUCUGCAGAGAAUGUGAGGCAGUGUGUGUUGGAAAUGGUGAUUGCAGCACCUGACACUCUGUCCGUCAGCGUCUUCUUCAUGCUGCUGCUUCUCAAACAACAUCCAGAGGUGGAGCUGCGGCUCCUGCAGGAGAUUGACACUGUUGUUGGUAAGUAGCAAAGAGGAAAGUUUUAUUUUUUUUUAAAGUCAGUUUUUAAGGACUGUUUGGAUACAAGCAAACUAUGAUGGUUAUAAAGUUCAGUUUUGUUAAAGUUGCCACAGAGAAGCCUGACUGAUAACACCUCAUUUCCUUGUAGGUGACAGUAAGCUUCAGAACGGAGACCUUCAGAAGUUGUCGCUGCUCGAGAGCUUCAUCAACGAAUGCUUACGCUUCCACCCUGUGGUGGACUUCACCAUGCGCCGGGCCUUGUCUGAUGACACCAUAGAGGGCUACAGGGUGUCUGAAGGGACAAAUAUCAUUCUGAACACCGGCCACAUGCACAGGACAGAGUUUUUCCUCAAACCCAACGAGUUCAGUUUGGAAAAUUUUGAAAAGAAUGUAAGUAAAAGAAGUUUAUUUUGCUCGACCAUGAGACAAAAGUAGAGGGAAUAAACAUUUUGUAUUACUUUAAUAAAGUAUUUGAUACUAUUAACUACUUUAUUUUCCUCUUAAUUUGUAAAAACUGAUGUCACAGAUGAAGUUCCUAAAGCCUUUAAUUAACUCACCCCUCUCUCUUCAGGCUCCUCGUCGUUAUUUCCAACCAUUUGGCUCAGGCCCUCGCUCCUGCGUCGGAAAGCACAUCGCCAUGGUGAUGAUGAAAUCCAUUCUGGUGACCCUGCUGUCUCAGUACUCAGUCUGCCCUCAUGAGGGUCUGACCCUGGACGACCUCCAUCAGACCAACAACCUGUCCCAGCAGCCUGUGGAGCACCACGAUGAGAGCCAGCAGCUCAGCAUGAGGUUCUUACCAAGACAGAGAGGAUGCUGGGAAAACCUCUGAGACCCUCUCCUGUACUGUGCUCUUCAUAUGUCUAUUAUAUUGUAAUUUCAUUAAUAUUGUCUUGACUGUGUAAAUUUGUGUUUUAUAUCAGUGACAUCAGGAUGUUUUUUUGUUUAACUUGAACUUUUGUGUAUUAUGUGAAAUGUAUUUUAAGAAAUGCUG